GUUCUUGUUCUGUAUACAUCAUGAGAAGGGAGAGAAAAUAAAUAACAAUUUAAAAAGGAGUGUGUUUAUUAUUUAUUGUGGUCUUGUCCGUACCUGAUUAUUGCUCCUCUGUGAUCUGAUCGGCCAUUAAAGCAUUAUGAUACCUCUUUUGAAGUGAAAAAAAAAAAACACAAGCUCUGCUGUUUCUCUUUAUUUCUCUUUCACUUCACUUUCUCUUCUGUCUCUCUCGCUUCUUCUUCUAUGCGCAAGUGAGAACACUUGAUGUUCAUGUCUUGAAGAAAGCUUUAAUAUUCUUGUCUGAAAAGGAACACGAAACGACUAAAUCUUUCUAUCAUAAAAAUGGAGCAAGAGAGAAGCUUGGAUCCACAGCUAUGGCAUGCUUGUGCAGGAUCAAUGGUUCAAAUCCCUUCCCUCAAUUCAACCGUCUUCUACUUCCCUCAAGGCCACGCCGAACACGCUCACGCGCCUCCUGAUUUCCACGCGCCGCGCGUCCCUCCUUUAAUCCUCUGCCGCGUCGCCUCCGUGAAGUUCCUCGCCGACUCAGAAACUGACGAAGUCUACUCCAAAAUUACGCUUUUGCCGCUCCCCGGCAACGACCUGGAUCUGGAAAACGACGCCGUCCUCGGUCUCACUCCGUCUCCCGACGUUAACGGCAACGAGAAACCGGCGUCCUUCGCCAAAACGCUGACGCAGUCCGACGCUAAUAACGGCGGCGGUUUCUCCGUCCCCCGCUACUGCGCCGAGACGAUUUUUCCGCGGCUCGAUUACACGGCGGAGCCUCCGGUGCAGACCGUGAUCGCCAAAGAUAUCCACGGCGAGACUUGGAAGUUCCGGCAUAUCUACAGAGGAACGCCUCGCCGUCAUCUUCUAACCACCGGGUGGAGCACUUUCGUCAACCAGAAGAAGCUAAUCGCCGGAGACUCAAUCGUCUUCCUCCGCUCCGAAACCGGCGACCUCUGCGUCGGAAUCCGUCGCGCUAAACGCGGCGGUCUCGGAUCUAACGGCGAUAACAACAGCAACAGCAAUAAUCCCUACCCCGGAUUCUCAGGCUUCCUCCGCGACGACGAGAUAACAACUUCGAAGCUAAUGAUGAUGAAACGCAACGCAACCGGCGGCGGCGGGAACGCUAACGACGCGAACGCGCCUGGGGGGAGAGUAAGAGUGGAGGCGGUCGCGGAAGCGGUGGCGCGUGCGGCGUGUGGACAAGCGUUCGAAGUUGUUUACUACCCGCGAGCGAGCACGCCGGAGUUUUGCGUGAAGGCUUCCGACGUGAGAUCAGCAAUGAGGAUAAGAUGGUGCAGCGGCAUGCGUUUCAAAAUGGCGUUUGAGACGGAAGACUCUUCGAGAAUCAGUUGGUUCAUGGGUACCGUCUCCGCCGUUCAAGUCGCUGAUCCAAUCCGUUGGCCUAAUUCUCCUUGGCGUCUCCUUCAGGUAGCUUGGGACGAACCGGACUUGCUGCAAAACGUGAAACGGGUUAGCCCGUGGUUAGUCGAAUUGGUAUCGAACAUGCCAGCGAUUCACCUCUCUCCUUUCUCCCCGAGAAAGAAGCUGAGGAUUCCGCAGCCUUUCGAUUUCCCUUUCGACGGUACCAAGUUUCCGAUGUUCUCCCCUGGAUUCGCCGCCGGUAACAAUGGCGGCGGCGAAUCCAUGUGUUAUUUGUCAACCAAUGACAACAACAACAACGCUCCUGCGGGAAUACAGGGAGCCAGGCAAGCUCAACAACUCUUCGGAUCACCAUCUCCGUCUUUGUUGUCUGAUCUCAAUCUCAAUACUUUUCACUCCGGUAACAAAUUACAACAAUCUUCUUCUUCUCCGGCGAUGUUUCUCUCCGGUUUCAAUCCCAGGCAUCAUUACGAUAACAUCGUCGUGCCACGUCAGACUCGGGACGCUGAGUUUAAUAAUAACAUUUCGUGUUCUUUGACAAUUGGGAAUCCUGGUUUAGUUCAGGACAAGAAGAAGUCCGGUUCGGUUAAGACGCAUCAGUUCUUGCUGUUCGGUCAACCUAUUUUGACCGAACAGCAAGUCAUGAACCGGAAACGGGCUUUGGAAGAAGAGGCGGAGAAGGAGGAGAAAGGUGGGUUAACAUGGAACUACGGUUUGCAGGGGAUUGAGACGGGUCACUGUAAAGUUUUCAUGGAAUCUGAGGAUGUUGGACGAACGCUCGAUCUCUCGGUUAUUGGCUCGUACCAAGAGUUGUACCGGAAACUGGCCGAGAUGUUUGGUAUAGAAGAGAGGUCCGAUUUGUUGACUCAUGUUGUGUACCGGGACGCAAAUGGUGUUACAAAACGCAUUGGAGACGAACCUUUCAGUGAUUUCAUGAGAGCAACGAAGCGACUAACGAUCAAGAUGGACAUAAGCGGCGACAACGUGAGAAAGACAUGGAUAACCGGGAUCAGGAAUGGCGAAAAUGGUAUAGACUCUUCUACUAAGACCGGUCAGCUUAGCAUCUUCGCUUGAAGCAUUGAAGAUGUUUUGAUCCUAGUUUUGAUUCUCCGUCUUUAAAUUUGUUUUGAUGUACUUUGGUUCUAUGUGUGGAACAAACUAUUUCCAAGUUUUUAAAGUAAUUCCUGAAAUUGGUACUUGAAUUUUAUUUGUUUGGGUUGUGAGUUGUAUAUGUUAAUGAAAGAACCUGACAUAUUAUUUGGGAAUACCUAACAAAAGCUAUAUAUGUUUGAAGAGGAUA